AUGAAGUGCUCGCAAGGCGGCGCGGCCGGCGACGAGCUGCUGCUCGGCGCCUGCUGGCUGGAGCCCAAGCUAGACGCGCCCUCCCCGCCGCCCGCCUGCCACGACCUGCUCGACUCGCUACUGGCCCCACCGCCGCUCGCCGAGCUCAAGCCGCUGCCGCCCUUUACCGGUUACACCGGCCACCUCUCCAUCAACGGCAUCUCCGGCCACCACUAUCACGCCAUUGCGCAGCGCCUGCCCGAGGAGAACAACAAUUACCCCACGCAGAGUGGUUACGGCGCCGACCACGACGUCGUCUCAUCCUCCACCUGCGCCGCCGACGCCGAGCCGCCCGAUCUCGAGGACGUCAAACCUUACGCCCUAGACGCACCCGAUUCCAAGCCCUUCGCCGCGGAAUCCUCGGCGCCCGGCGCACCCGACAGUUGCGCGCAGUCGUGCUCUCCACCCGCCAAGCUGUUCGACGAGGGUCACAAGCAGGACAUGUACGACAUCAGCUCCAUAGAGGACAUCGCCGCCAUAAUUGGUUCCGCUAUCGCCGACACCACAGUGCCCUCGCAGCCCGAGGACCCCGAGCGCAACGACUCCCGCGACAGUUGGAUGGACAUCGAUGCCUGGAUAGCCGGCGCUUGCGGCCAGCACGGGGACAAAAUCGUCCCUCAAAACCUUGACGAAUUUGGUCUGCCCAACUCUCCACCCCCGUCGCAAACCAGCCAUCACUCCGGGCUUGAUUUCCCCUGUAAACCGAGUCACGACUUUACAAAGAGUCAAGAAUUUUUACAAAAGAACCUCGGACAGGCAGGUUCCACUCUACAGACGUUAUUGACGCACGGAUACAUGCCGCUUCUUCAAAAUCGGCUACAAAACGGUCCGCCGGUGAAACAGGAGGCACCGAGCUCUACGAGCUAUGGUAUGGAUGUGAUAUCGACGUCCUCACCGCCCGGGAACGCUGUGUCGACGACGGACGGUGUCGGCGGCCUUCUAAACGGUCGGUACGCUCCUCACUACGCCCUCGGCCUCAAGUCUGACGGCCUAUGCAGUCCGGACCGACUUCUGGGCUACCCUCACGCGCAUACGACUACCGUAACGCCGUCGAACAAAAGUAAAAGGAGCAGAGCCAAGGCGAAACAGUCAAACAACUCGGGGAACAUUCACGGAAGUUCGUUAGGGUUUCCGUCAGCGACGGCGGCAGAGUUGAGUGGUUUGCUGGGCAAGGAGAAGCCGGUGCAUCGUUGCGGAAUAUGCAAUAGGGGCUUCCUCAACAAGUCCAACAUCAAGGUGCAUCUCCGCACGCACACCGGCGAGAAGCCAUUCCGCUGCGACGUGUGCGCGAAGGCGUUCCGUCAGAAGGCGCAUCUCAUCAAGCACCAGCAGAUUCACAAGCGGAUCGGCCGCGACUAGUGUGCCCUCUGCCGUCAGCGCCGGCUGCAGGCUCAAACAGAAGCAUUUCAAUAGGUCUUAGUUGUGUGCGUGAAUGUGGUGAGUGGACGUAGCCGCGUGUGCGUGUACCCUCGCGGAAUCUCAGUCUAGAAUAGUUUGGUACAUGGCAACUCUUGAGUUAACUUUGGAUUUAAGUAUGAGCGAGUCCACGUAUUAUUCAUAUCCCUGUAGUAUAACACUCCUCCUAAGGCAAGUGCAAUGUUAACUAGUUUUAAGAUAUCUUCAGAUUUAUUAUUUUGUAGAUAACAUUGUUUAUAAUUUGUUACAUACUGAAGGUUGUUUCAUAAGUUUCUCAUAUUUUCUAUUCAUUCCAGUUAGUUUAAGUCUCUGUAGGAUAAUGAUAAAUGAACUUUAGCAAAACAUUUCAAUCACUCUAUAAAUAAAACUCCUUGCAUAAGAUAUUCUGCACACGCUAAUUAAAAGUGCUCGAUAUGUGGUUACGCUUUUAUAAAUUCCGUUGUUCUAUAUAUAUUAACAAUUAAUUUAAUGUUGUGAAUAUUUACUCCAAUUACCUUUUAUAGUCAAAUUUAAUUAAAAUAAUAGUUUAUAAUAAUUAAUAGUAAUAAAUUAAGUUUGUAAAAUGUGAAAUAAAGACAAAGCAAACGAGGCUAAAUACAAAAUAACGAUAUUAUAUCGUAUAAUUUUACUCAUGUAAUUUAAGUUUAAUGUAUUUCUAUCAUUUUUAAUUACUUCACUUAUUUACAAUUAAAAAAACAAAAUAAAUAAAUAUAUCGCAAAUCACAUGUAAAAUACCACGAGCUCCAUAAUAAGAAUUUUUAAUCUACACUAGUAAAGAUAUCAGUUCAUCAAAUAAAUUAGUUUUUAUCUUAUUUAUGCGCAUUAUCCCAGUUAAGAAUAACAAUUUUCUUUAUCACGUGAAGGCAUAAUUAGUAAAUAAAUAAUAAAAUAGUUUGCACAUGUAGGCAGCGUGCGUUGCUCGGAGUAAGCAGAGUCCUUCGUACACGCGAGCGCCGGAACUUCUCGUCCGGGAAACGGACAAAAAAUCCAAAAGAUUCCAAUGUUCUAAUAACAGCGAUCCGUUCUUACGCAAUACGUAAUAUUCGCCGAUUUAUUCCGUCCUUAUCGGCUUGAAAAAAACAACAUAAAAACGAAUCAGCCGCGCAUAUAACGAUGCAUUUUGUUCCGCCAAACCUAAUUAUUUAUUAAACAUAAAUCUAUAUUAUACUUAUUUUUCAUUAUUAGUAAAAAAAACGCGUUAGCUUCUAUUUUGAUCAGUACUUCAUUUAUUAAGAAAACAAUAUUAGUAGUAUCUGUAUUAUAUUGAAAUUAUUUCUCGUCGUCUCAUUUAUAAAAUUUUAUGAAUUUAUAUUUGGAAUUGAAUUACUGUUAUGUUUGAAAAAAAAUGAUGUACAUACAUUCCGAAGCACGACAAAACAAAAUUUUAAUUGGAUAAACACCAUCCAUCGAACCCGUCUUUGAGCACAAAAACGUAAACACAAAUUAUUUUGAAAGUAAGUUAUGUAUAAUAUGACAUUCCAUUCUGUUUUCUUCUUCAUUUUUUUAAGUCUAUGAUAAUAAGAGUAAGCGUUUUUGCGCUGAUCUGCAAAUGAAGUAACUUUUAAGUGUUAGGUACUUUAGGAGCUUACACACUGUGGGAUAAACGCGCGACUGUGAAACGCUCAGUGGAAAAAAAACUUAAAUAUUAAUUUAAUUUAUAAUUAUUUAUGUCCUAAAACCAGUGUAUUUUAGAAAUUUCGAGAAUCAUUUUAUUUGCUUAUAAUAGAUACAGUAUGUUGUAAUUUUUUUAAGUAUAUACAGUGUGUUUCACUCGCGGCGUUUCCUACGACAUUUGCAGACCUUAAAGAAAGUACCUUUUAAUAGUUUUAAGACGUCUAGAUAAUAAGUAUUUAUUGAUAACUGUAAUUUUGUAAUUAUUAUAAACAGUCCCGCUGUUUCUCUGUCAGUGGAUUUAGGGAUAUUAUAUGUGAAUAAAAUUCUCUGAAAUUGACGCGCAAUAAAAUGGGGUAAAUAAAAUGUGAGAAUCAAAAUCUCUUCAAGGUACUUCUGUGUUAUCGACACAGUAACUUAUGUAGCGGUAAUUAAUUAUUUGAUAAGGACAAAAAUGUUAUAUUUUUCAAGAGGUUUUUCCAAUUUUAAGU